UCAUGAAACUAUUUAAAUAGCACUUUGUCCUCUCCGGCAAUAGAGUUUGAGCUCCUUAACACGAGGGAAAAGUUACGAAGUGGACGUGAAACCGGCAUAUUUUGAAACUCGUGUAAUCGGAAUUACCAGGGUUGUUGGACUAUACUUAUUUAUUAUUAUUAUUAUUAUUAUUUUUUAAACAAGGAAAAAACAGGAGCAAGAGAAGAGGCUCUGCAAUGAAGUUAACAGGAAUAUUUUUAUUAGUGAUGCUUUGGAGCUGCGAGAGCGCACGAGUGGCAGAAAGCAGAGACGACAACAGCGUUUACGACCUGUUCGAGCUCGUUCAAGUGUCUAAGAAGCACCACGGGGUCAUGCCCGUGAAGGGCGACGACCCCUACAGUCCAGCCUACAAGAUCCUGAACCCGGACCUGAUCCCGCCGGUGCCCGAGAGCGCGUUCCGAGACCUGGUGGACUCGGUGCAGGCGGAGCGCGGCUUCCUGUUCCUGGUCAACUUCAAGCAGGCGCGGCGCACCAGGGGCUCCCUGUUCACCGUGGAGAAGCGUGACGGCUCCGGCACCCUGUUCGAGGUAGUCUCCAAUGGCAAAGCCAAUACGCUGGACAUCGUGUUCGCCACGGAAAACAAACAGCAAGUGGUGUCCAUCGAGGAAGCGGAACUGGCCACGGGUCACUGGAAGAACAUUACGCUCUUGGUGCAGGAGGACAGGGUGCACUUCUAUGUCGGAUGCGAGGAGGUGAACAACGCCGAGCUGGACGUGUCCAUCCAGAGCGUGCUCACUCCGGAGACGCCAAGCAUCGCCAACCUGCGGAUCGGCAAGGGAGCCGUUAAUGAAAGAUUCAUGGGUGUGCUCCAAAACGUUCGAUUCGUUUUUGGGACCACUCUGGAUGCAAUACUGAGGAAUAAAGGGUGUCAAAACUCCGUUACUGACACUAUAACUCUACAUAAUCCGGUUAAUGGAUCCAGUCCAGCUAUCAGAACUGAUUAUACUGGCCACAAAACAAAAGAUUUGCAGAUGAUUUGUGGAUAUACCUGUGAGGACCUGGCCAGCAUGUUUAAGGAACUAAAGACUCUUGGUGUAAUGGUGAAAGAUCUGACCGACAAGCUCCGCAAAGUGACAAAUGACAACCCUUUGCUUGGUGGAACCUUGGGAAUCCAUUCUGGUGUCUGUCUCCACAAUGGCAUUUUGCAUAGGAACAAGGACGAAUGGACGGUGGAUGACUGCACUGAGUGCACUUGCCAGAACUCGGCGACAGUGUGCCGUAAGAUUUCCUGUCCCUUGCUUCCCUGUGCCAAUGCAACUGUUCCUGAUGGUGAAUGCUGCCCCCGAUGUGGAACUCCCAGUGACUAUGCUGAGGAUGGCUGGUCCCCCUGGUCUGAAUGGACUCAUUGUUCUGUGUCCUGUGGAAAGGGCAUUCAGCAGCGUGGCCGCUCCUGUGACCGCAUCAAUAACAACUGCGAGGGCACAUCUGUGCAAACGAGAGACUGCUACCUCCAGGAGUGUGACAAGCGCUUUAAGCAGGAUGGCAACUGGAGCCACUGGUCGCCGUGGUCGUCUUGUUCAGUUACCUGUGGAUCGGGAGUUAUCACACGCAUCCGUCUCUGCAACUCUCCUACUCCCCAGCUGGGAGGAAAAGAGUGUCAGGGCCAAGGCAGGCAGACUGAGAAAUGUGAGAAGUCACAAUGUCCAAUCAAUGGUGGUUGGGGGCCAUGGUCACCUUGGGAUACCUGUUCAGCAACCUGUGGGGGCGGUGUCCAAAAUCGCAAACGUCUUUGUAAUAGUCCACUACCCAAGUACGGUGGCAAAGACUGUGUUGGUGAUGGAACGGCUACUCAGCUGUGCAACAAGCAAGCGUGUCCUAUCGAUGGAUGUCUGUCCAAUCCCUGUUUUGCUGGAGCCAAGUGUACAAGCUUUCCAGAUGGGUCUUGGAAAUGUGGAAAAUGCCCAGCAGGUUACACUGGCAAUGGUAUUAACUGCAAAGACAUUGACGAGUGCAAGGAGGUUCCUGAUGCUUGCUUCGAAUUUAAUGGAGUCCAUAGAUGUGAAAAUACAGUACCUGGCUACAACUGCCUGCCAUGUCCUCCACGCUACAGUGGAGCACAGCCAUUUGGCCGUGGAGUUGAGGAAGCUGCUGUGAAGAAACAGGUGUGCACACCUCGUAAUCCUUGCCUUGAUGGAAGCCAUGACUGUAAUAAGAAUGCCCGCUGCAACUACCUGGGCCAUUUCGCAGACCCCAUGUUCCGCUGUGAGUGCAAGCCUGGCUACGCUGGGAAUGGACACAUCUGUGGCGAGGACACAGAUCUGGAUGGCUGGCCUAAUGCUGACCUUGUGUGUGUGGAGAAUGCUACCUACCACUGCAAGAAGGACAACUGCCCAAACCUUCCCAAUUCUGGUCAGGAGGACUAUGACAAGGAUGGAAUUGGUGAUGCUUGUGAUGACGACGAUGAUGAUGAUGGCAUUCCUGACGACAGGGACAACUGCCCAUUCCUUUACAAUCCCAGACAGUAUGACUAUGACCGGGAUGAUGUUGGUGACCGCUGUGACAACUGCCCAUACAAUAGCAACCCUGACCAGACUGACACAGACAACAACGGUGAAGGUGAUGCGUGUGCCGUAGACAUUGAUGGCGAUGGUAUUCUGAAUGAAAAGGAUAACUGUCCUUAUCUGUACAAUGUGGACCAAAAAGAUACUGAUCUGGACGGGGUUGGUGACCAGUGUGAUAACUGCCCUCUGGAGCACAAUCCUGACCAGCUGGAUACAGACUCUGACCUUGUAGGAGAUAAGUGUGAUAGCAAUCAGGACAUUGACGAAGAUGGUCAUCAAAACAACCUGGACAACUGCCCUUAUAUUCCCAAUGCCAACCAGGCUGACCAUGACAAAGAUGGCAAAGGAGAUGCUUGUGAUUAUGAUGAUGACAAUGAUGGCAUCCCUGAUGAUAAAGAUAACUGUCGACUGGUUUUCAACCCAGAUCAGCUGGACACUGAUGGUGAUGGACGUGGUGAUGUUUGUAAGGAUGACUUUGACCAGGACAACGUUCUAGACAUCUAUGAUGUGUGCCCAGAGAACUUUGACAUCAGUGAGACUGACUUCCGCAAGUUCCAGAUGGUGCCUCUGGACCCCAAGGGCACUUCCCAGAUUGAUCCUAACUGGGUGGUUCGUCACCAAGGGAAAGAGUUGGUUCAGACAGUUAACUGUGACCCAGGCAUUGCUGUUGGUUUUGAUGAGUUUAAUGCUGUGGACUUCAGUGGGACGUUCUUCAUAAAUACAGAGAGAGAUGAUGACUAUGCAGGAUUUGUGUUUGGUUACCAAUCCAGCUCUCGCUUCUAUGUGGUGAUGUGGAAGCAGAUAACUCAGACCUACUGGUCCAACACACCCACCAAGGCACAGGGUUACUCAGGGCUGUCAAUCAAAGUGGUUAACUCAACCACUGGACCAGGUGAACACCUAAGGAAUGCCCUUUGGCACACUGGGGAUACUCCUGGACAGGUCCGCACUCUGUGGCAUGACCCUAAGAAUGUUGGUUGGAAGGAUUUUACUGCCUACAGAUGGCACCUGACUCACAGACCAAGAACAGGACACAUAAGGGUUGUUAUGUAUGAAGGAAAGAAGAUCAUGGCAGAUUCUGGAAGAAUCUAUGACAAAACAUAUGCAGGUGGACGACUAGGUCUUUUUGUCUUCUCACAAGAGAUGGUAUACUUCUCAGACCUUAAAUAUGAAUGCAGAGAUGCAUAAUUGCACAGGCAUGAAGUUUUUGGAAGAUGGCACCUUUCUGUAUAAUUAAGAAUAUGUAUUCCAUGCAAAGUCCAGGGACAGAUUUUCCAGUACAUUUUUCUGUGGCAUGCACUCUGGUGGGGCAACAAGUGGGUUUAUGGUAACCAAUGCUGGUUUGGACAGAGCCAACAGAGCUGACUGGAGAUUCAGGACCCCUCCUCGAAGACCAGGUAGAGCAGGAAAAAGCCCCCAAUUGCUUUGCUUGGAAAAUCGGAAAGACCAAUCUCUCAAAAUAGACCUCAUUCAGAUAUGUGUGCGAAUGCCUCCCUGCAGACAUCUAUGCACUCGAGUACCUUCUCUUGCUGCAUUCAUUCUUUCCCUGAAUGGAUCUCAAAAGACAGGACCAAUUCUUAGUGUUCAGUUCUCUGAAAUUUGCCCAGUAUAGUAAUUUAUUCUAAGAUCACUUGACAAUGGCAACAGACUUUAAACAGAGUAUAGAGAGUUUAUCAUGCUAGGGCGAAUUAGCAAGUCUUUACCAGCAAAUGUAAUGAUGUUUAUAAUGUUCAUGUGUGGAAAAUAUCAAAUAUCAAGAUAAAGCAACAACAAAAUCUAACAUCUGCACCAAGACCCUUAAAUUAAGUGGAGCCAAAUUAAUUUAAAUUGCUUAGCAGUGCCUCAAAUAAACUUUUAUUUAAUUUCUAAACAUGAGUGGACGUAGAGAACUCGUUAAGUUAGUAGCCAUAGUUUUCUCAGGGUGAAAGCGGAUCUUGAACAAACAUUUCAGAGAACACAGAAUGAGGCUAUGUUGAAGAGCCAGCUUCAAAAGUCAACAUAAAAAUUUUUAGUAACAUUUUAAAAACGAAACAAUUAAAAGAUAAACCUGUAAAUGACACGUCUACAGUGAGAAUCGGAAAUAAACACCUCUUUACAAAAGAGGUUUGUUUUUUUGUUUUGUUUUGGGUUUUUUUUUUUUUUUUUUUUAAAGAAAAGCACUUGCAAAAUAUGAAUUGGAGCUGGGAUGAUGGACUGUGGAUUCUACAUUAUUCAUUGGUUUAUUAAUAGGUAGCAGUCAUGGUUGUUUGGUAAGGAUAGUCUAAUGUUGUACGUAAAAAAAACCACACACAAAAAAACCCUGAUGUAACUUAUUUAUCAUUUAUAAUAGAAUAAUAUAUGUAAAUUAAUUCAAAUUUAAUGAAAAAAAGAUUAUUCCUACAACAGAAUGCUUCCCAGAAUAUUGCAGUGUCACUGGUCAUGGCUUUCUGCCCAACACACUCCUUUAUGCCUUAUCUGACCACAUUCAUAGAUCCCAAAAGGGAAGUUCUUUGAAACAAUGGUUGACCUGUGUGCCUUUUGCCUUGGAAAGAUAGAAAUUAAGGAAAACUUUGAUGUACAAAUAUUACCUCAACACGGUCAUAAAAUUUUAUCAAAUAAAACCUAUUACUACUUUUACUAUGUUAAAGAAAGCAAAUUGGUCACCUAUUGCUACUGUAGCACAAGCUGUAAAUAAUAUUACAUUCCUCCUCGGGAAGAAUACAGCCCCCGAUUCACUUAAUAAACGAAGAUUAAAAGUGUUUUGUUUCAUUUUUGUUUCUCUAUUCUAGUGCUUCCAGUGUCCAGUACUUUUUACACAGAUAAAUUAUUGUACUGUUCGUUGUCUGUAAGACCAUGUUUCAUAUGAGAAUGCAUGUAUGUGCAUGUGUGUGUGCGUGUGUGUGUGUGUGCGCGUGUGUGUGUGCGUGUGCGUGUGUGUGCGCGUGUAGAUAAAUGCUAUUUAAAUAAUUUAUCAUGGAAUGCAGCCUCAGGGGGCAUUUCCAUCUGUAUAAAUGGUUUGCACACUGACGUGAGGAUGUUCUGUUCUUUAUUGUUUUGACCUUUUUUUUUUGUGUAAAAUUAGCAAUGCUUGUCUGUAAACAUUUUUACUUAGGUGUACAAUAAAAUGCUAUUUUUUAUCUAUAGCAAAUAUUUUGGUAUGUACUGCAGAAAAAAAUAAAUAUAUUUAAAAACUCACAAAGUUUGUAUUCAGUUGCUUCAGCUUUAUUUGAAUAUAGCAGAUAAUAAUCAGUUAAGAACACAUUCCUCAAUCUUCCUAAAUAAUUUA